AUGUUCAUCUUGAUGAAACUCGUGAUUCUCCUCUCCACCUUCAUUGUGGUUGUUCGAUCACUCCCGGGGAGAGGAGGAGACAUCGGCAAACCUCAAGCCCUCGAACAGUCUACCGAUCGCCUGGUUUUUGCGCAUUUUAUGAUUGGCAUCACAAGCAACAGACGAAAUGCAGCAGACUACGAUGAUGACAUGGUCCAGGCAAAAUCACUCGGCAUUGAUGCCUUUGCUUUGAAUAUCGGCGUUGAUCCAUACACAGAUCAGCAACUACAAUUCGCAUACGCAUCGGCCGCAAAAAACAACAUGAAGGUCUUCCUUUCCUUUGAUUUCAAUUGGUGGCACACACCGCAGGUGCACGAAAUUGGUCAGAAGAUUGCUCAGUAUGGACUUUUGCCUGGCCAGCUGAUGGUGGAUGGCAAGAUCUUUGUCUCCACGUUUGCCGGCGAUGAUCUGGACGUUGCCACUCUGCGCACAUCGGUUGGCAAGCCAAUCUUCUUCGCUCCAAAUUUCCAUCCUUCGUACGGGACCAAUAUCUCAGCUGUGGAUGGAUUGUUGAAUUGGAUGGCCUGGCCAAAUGAUGGCAACAACAAGGCUCCCACAGCGAGAAAAAAUGUCUCUGUCGCAGAUGGCGACCACGAGUACCUCAAAGCGCUGAAUGGGAAGGCAUACAUUGCACCUGCCUCCCCAUGGUUUUUUACUCACUUCGGGCCUGAAGUGCCUUACAGUAAGAACUGGGUCUUCCCGUCCGACCUCCUGUGGUAUGACCGUUGGAAUGAAAUUCUCGCCAUGAAGCCCCGAUUCGUGGAGAUUGUGACGUGGAACGACUACGGCGAGUCUCAUUACAUUGGACCUCUCCGGUCACCACACACAGAUGAUGGAGCUUCGAAAUGGAUCAAUGACAUGCCUCAUGAGGGGUGGCUUGAGCUUUCGAAGCCUUUUAUUGCAGCUUUCAAAGCCGGGGCGACAUCGGUCAACAAGUAUAUCGACGAGGAUCUGUUGAUUUACUGGUAUCGGCCGACUCUACGAGACACCAACUGCGACUCCACGGACACAUGCAUGGUCCCGGCGAACAAUGAUAGCGGCAAUUACUUCCUCGGCCGACCCAACGGAUGGGAAACCAUGCAAGAUUCUGUCUUUGUAGUUUCCUUGUUGACUGCCCCAGCUUUAAUUCAGAUCGACAGCGGUGGCACUCUGUUCUCAUACAACGCACCAGCCGGAGCAUUGGCGCAAGCGAUCCCCAUGCACAUCGGCACUCAAAGCUUUUCUAUGAUUCGACACGGCAAAGCCAUUCUCUCCGGUUCCAGCUUGAAGCCCAUCAUCAGUGAGUGCGUGUGUGGACUCUACAAUUUCAACGCCUUUGUGGGAACAUUGCCGCCGGGACCACGAGACGCUCUACAACCUGAUGGUCUGGCUGCUUUCCGGCAAGGAUUACGGGUGAGCACCUGCGAGGCAUCUCCGUCGUUGGGUACCGUACCUCCUCCAACCGCCCCCGUCACGUCUUCGACAACCAUCCCAGCUACAACGACCACAACCUCCAAGGAGCCGACAACCACAACCACAGCCACAACAACGACCACCACCACCACGGCAACGAAGCCCUGUAUGACCUCGACCGCAUGUACGGCCACGGUGACGAUCACAAUGCAGUUAUCAACUAUUUUGACCACCACUGAGGUUUCCGUCAUGACCAUCACGCAAACAGAGACUCAAAGGCAGACAGUCACGGCCACUGCUACAACCUGCUCCACAGGUGGCGCCGGGGGUGACGGCGGCAGUCCCACUGACAAAGCUUGCAUCGCUGGAACCGGGCCAGACAACUACUCGGGACUAUGUGUCUUUGCCUGCAAAUAUGGGUAUUGUCCGCCGGGCCCAUGCACCUGUACUCAGUAUGGGACAGCCCUGCCGCCUCCACCCUCUACUGGUGUUCGGGGUGUUCCACUUGCCGGGGAAGAUGACUCUUACUUGGGCCUUUGCAGUUUCGCCUGUGACCAUGGAUACUGUCCAUCAACGGCUUGUAGAACGGCAUGA